GGUACCUUGCUCGACUGUUUCUGUGUUGUCGUUCCCCAUGAUGCCGGCAGCUUUCCGGCGUUCUCAGAUGGGGCAUCGUGUUGGCCUUCGUCUUCCGUCUGGUUGUCCACCGCCGCCUCGCCUUCAUCCGACUCGCUGGGCGGCGUGGUCUGAGCGCUGGGCACGGAGCGCGAGUCCGUCUUGGAUUGCAGACGCGGGGCACGCAGCGCAAAGCUGGCCGGUCGCUCGCUCAGCGCCUGAGAGGCGGAGAAGAGUAGUGAGGAGCGCGAUUUGAGCCCUUCCGAGGACCAGAGCGAGUCCGACGGGUAUCCGACCGGGUCCUGCAGCUUCACGCGCACUGGUUCGACAGGGUUGUCGUGGUGAACGGGCUUCUCCAACGCCGCGAGGUCCGAUCCAUCGAGGUUGGCGUCGCGCUGCGGCGGCGUAAUGGGGGAGGGGACCCCGCCGCUGCCGCUCUUAGCAGGGCUCAUUGAGUUGCUGUGGCCCAUGGCGUGCGAGCAGUUGCUGGGUGUCGGAGUGCCGCUGAAACGGCCGGCAGUCGUCCACUUGCGCGGAAAGCGGCAAAUUGGAGAAUGACGCCGCUGUGGACGCGGGCGGGUGGGCUGGAGGAGGGGGUUAUUUUCGCGAAACGGGCUCUGUGACAGGUUGCCCCACGUUCACUUAAAGCGAAAGGACCCACCCACGCCAAAAAGACGGAAACCUCAACGACAAGGAGGGUGGGUUUAGCGAUUUGUUUCUUUUUGUUGCAAUUAAACGCUGAAAACCAUCUCGUGCGCGAAUUUUCAACGGCCGCUCCUGCGUCGGCGCGUCUGAGAUGGCGAGUGUGUAACAUGACUGCGCGAAACUGCGUGGUGACCCCGUCGAGCGAGCACGGAGCUCCGUAGGCUGUAGAUGGCGUCGCCAUCCUUGGCUGGACAGAGCCUGCGGCAAACCGUGGGCGGUGGUCUGCUCGCAUCGGAAAUUUCAGAUCGUGCACGUCGUCAUGCAUGCGGUUCACCACAGAGGCAGUUAAAGCUAGUGAUUGCCUUUCAUGGAAAAAUCCGGAGCACGCAUGUGUCGAGGCGUGAUGUGACUUGACUGGAGCGGUCGUUACUUGCUGCUAGCUGUGUGCUGCGGGGCUUCCUCCGUCGGUAGCGACGUCGGAAGAAAGGGUGGAAGCCGUGCGUUAUGCUAACGGCAAAGUUGAAGCGACGCGGGACGGAUCGUCGACACGCGUUCCCAGAAGGGACAGUGACCAUCACUCCGACAAGAGGCAAGUUGCCGUGCUGCGGGCCAGCUGGUGUCGGUCAUUCGGCAACAACACAUCUUGGUGACAGGCAAACGAUAGGAUCACAACGCGGCGGCUAUGACUGCUCGGCCGGCGGAAUGCCGCUGCCAGGCCCGCGGAAGUCGUCGAAACCAGGCUGGCUAGUCGGUGAAGGUGGCUUCAUCGAUGCAUGCGAGAUCGGAUCGAACAUGGGCAACCAACUACGUCAGGGGUCCGUAUUGGCGCGGUAUACGCACCUCCCCUUUCGCUUUAGACAGUGCUCGCUGCCGUGUUGCUUUAGGUAGCAAAAGGAAACAUUGGUGCAAGUAGAUACCCUCUCUUUCAAACAAUUCUGUCGUGUA